AAUCUCUCCCUCCCGAAGCCCGCCGGCUUUUCCUUGCCGUCAGGAGCGAGCGAGGGAGCUGCCCAGGAAGCCCCCUCCCGUGGAGGAGCAGUGGGGAAAUGAAAUGAAUGCCGUCGCAACGAAAGAUUUAUUGACCAGAACAAGAUGAACUGGAACAACAUUUUGACUGGAUUUCUACAGUUAAAUUUCUUUCAAAUGGUCAUUUCUCAUUGCAUGGUAUAUCAGAUUCCUACAGAGAGCUUUGAAAUGCCCUGUAUACCACCUAGAAUGGCAGAGGAUGGUCCCGCUUGGCAGGAUGUGCAUGGUACCAUUGGAGAAAAUGCUACCGUACUGGUGGCUGGAGAGAAUUUCUUAUGUUGCCACUGGAGUGAUACAUAUAUGAAUUGUUUUGCGUACACUGCAGAAAUGGAAGCCAAAGCACUUAUUUCUUCAAGAAUUGUUGGUUCAACACUUCAGCAGAUAGAUUCAAUUUGGAAUCUGCAGUUUUGGACUAAUGAAACCACAGAAGAAUUGUUUUGCAUUGUGAAAUUAUCUACUAAGUCACCAUAUUUGAAUGAAGACUUUACAGUUAAUCUAUUGCAUGCAUUAACAGAUGCAUCACUGGAAAGUGCUUCUACAAAUUUACUAAAGGAAAAUUCUUCAGCUAUUCAUUGUAAUAUUCUAAAAGCCCAAAAAUAUGAAUGUCAGAUAUCUUCAGUAAAAUUGAAUCAUAUUUACAUUAUGUGGCUCAAGAUCACAAAUGGAAAUAUAUUACUGCAGUCACCAUUGAUGUCAGUCAAGCCUAUAGAUAUUGUAAAACCUGACCCUCCAUUAUAUCUGCAAGUUGAAAUGACAGACACAGGACAAAUAAAAAUCUCUUGGUCUCAGCCAGCAUCUAAAUCCAAUUUAUUUCUAUACGAAGUGAAAUGUUUUACAAACUCAACUAAAAGUUUUCAACAGGUGGCUGAAAUUACCAUGGGAACAUCGCUGACCAUAAAUAAUGAAUUACUCGAAUCUUCAUAUAUAAUUCAGGUUCGGUGCAAGAACCAUCAGAAAUUAGGUCUUUGGAGUGAUUGGAGCUCACCUUUUAACAUGGAUCUACAAGAUGUCAUGUAUUUCCCUUCCAAACUCCUAGCAAGUGUUGGAACAAACAUUUCUUUUUAUUGUGUUUAUAAAACCAAAGACAAAAUUAUCUCAUCAAAGAAGAUAGUCUGGUGGUUGAAUUUAGCAAAAGAAAUCCCAAGUAGCCAGUACACUUUUGUGAAUGACUACACUAGCAAAGUUACACUUACCAACCUGCCUGCAAUGAAGCCUGGAGGAAAUUUUCUUUUUAAUGCUUUAUACUGUUGUAAUGAAAACAAGGAAUGUAAUCACCGGUAUGCUGAACUAUACAUAAUAGAUGCUAAUAUCAAUAUCACAUGUGAAACCUAUGGCAAUUUACAAAAAAUGACCUGUUUCUGGUCCAUCAACCCAGAUCCAAUACUUUUGGAGAGUACUUUGCUGUUAAGAUACUACAGGAACGAUAUAUACUGUUCAGAAUCUCCGAGCAUGCAUACCGAUUCAGAGGUGAAAGAAUGUAAUUUGCUUAAGAAUAAUGUUUAUGAGUGCAUCUUUAAACCCUUUUACCUUCUGUCUGGAUACACUAUGUGGAUAGAGAUUAAGCACUCAUUGGGAACAGUUACAUCAAGACCAGUAUGUGUCCUUCCAAAAGAAGUAGUGAAGCCAUUCUCUCCCUUCAAUGUCAAAGCUGAGAUUACAGAGGACACUGGGCAACUGAAUGUGAGUUGGAAGAACCCUGAACUUCCAAAGAAUGACCUUCAGUUUCAAGUUCGAUAUGUGGCUAGCGGAGAAGACAUUAACUGGAAGAUUCAGGAAGUUCCUGCUGUAUCAGUUACCUCUGUGAGUAUUGCUGUACAAGAUCCCUGUGUAGUUUACAUUAUUCAGGUGCGCUGCAGGAUGACUGAAGGAAUUGGCUAUUGGAGUGAUUGGAGCAGAUCUGUUUAUACAGUUGUUAAGGAUAUCAAAGCUCCUUUGAGAGGACCUGAAUUCUGGAGAGUUAUUAAUGAAGAUCCCAUUAUGAACCAGAAAAAUGUUACUUUACUUUGGAAGCCACUGAUGAAGAAUCUUUCUUUAUGUAGAGUUCUAGACUAUGUAGUAGAGCAUAAUACCUCAGAAAAUAUUGCUUGGUCUGACUAUAUAGAAAAUGACACUACUUACACUUUUUCAUGGUCCGAAGAUAUACAUUCUGUUAAAAUUCUAGCAAUCAACUCAAUUGGAGCUUCCUCUGUGAAUUUUAUUUUAACUCUUUCACAACAAAUAAGCACAGUAAACAUUCUGCAGUCUCUGAAUAUCUACCCAAUGAACAGCAGUUGUGUAAUAAUGUCCUGGACACUUUUACCUAUGGAUUAUGUGGUUACAUCCUUUGUAAUUGAAUGGACCAAUCUAAAUGGAGAAGAACAAAUUAAAUGGAUAACAGUUCCUUCUAAUGUUAGGAGGUAUCAUAUAUUUGAUAACUUUGUACUCAUUGAGAAAUACAGAUUUAGUUUAUAUCCGGUCAUUAACGAAGGAGUCACAAAACCUGCGAUAACAGAAGGAUUUUCCAAAGAUAGGAUUGAAAAGCAGCACGAUGUGAACUUCUACGUGAUUCUACCCUUAAUGAUUUCAUGCUCAUUUCUGCUUCUUGGAGCAUUGUUGAUUUUGCAGCAUAGAAUUAAGAAAUUAUUGUGGGUUGAUGUCCCAAACCCGAAGAAUUGUUCUUGGGCACAAGGAGUUAAUUUCCAAAAGCCUGAAACCUUUGAGCAUCUCUUUCUCAAGCAUCCUGAAGCAUUGUCAUUUGGUCCGCUACUUCUGGAAUCAGAAAUAGUAUUGGAAGAUAUCAGUAUUGAUAAAGCAAUGAAACAUGAAGAUAAACAAGAGUUACUAGCAGUUGACUCACUGUUUUCUACCAUUCAGGACUUUGAGCAUGACUCAAUUUGCUCUAGUGGUCAUUUCAAUAGCGACAGUCUCUCUGAGAAUGUCCAUGAUGCUAAAAAUAAAAGAGGCAUGUCAGAACAAUGUAAUGUAAAAUAUGCAACUAUUAUAAGUGGCUCCAUGUCAAGUGGGCUUUAUGAGCCUCCAAAGGAUUCAAGUAGUCCUUUUGACAGAAGUUUUGUGAACCUUAAGUCUUCAGUUCCAGCUUCUUUCUCUAGCAUUUCUUGGGCAGUAGGAAAUCAAGCAUUUUUGAUAUUACCUGAAUAUUUUCAAGACCCUCCCAGAAAAACUCACUCUCUGUCUGUUGUUUCCUCUGAAGGUUUCUCAGAAUCUUCAGAACAGGAUAAAACUUUCACUGAAGGUGACAGUCCAGAGAGAAGUUUGUUCUAUUUAGGCAUGGGCCCACUCAAAAAUAACGAAAAUGAUAUAUUUUUAACAGAAAAUUCAAAUGUGGCACCAUAUAACUUUCAUACCAAUACUCUCAUUAGAAGCAUGAGGAUUUCUCAAAAUGUAACAGCUGAUCUAAAUCCUUUUAUCUGUAACUGUGAGAGACCCCUUCAAACUUUCAUACCAUAUAUGCCACAGUUUCAAACAUUGACAGUUAAAAUACAAGAGACAGCUAGUAGCAAAGCUUAAUUAAUCCAUACGUCUAAUUUAUUUUGAUUAUAAUGUUGUAUGUCCAACAAGUUUUCUUCAUGCAGAACAUUUUGGCAAAUUCUGUAUUUUGCAAGUGAAUAGCUAGAUGUUCAAGUUUUAUUAAUAAUCCAUAUUAUUUAAUUCCCAAGUAGUGCAAUAUUGUGUUUUCCUGAAGGAGAACAACCAGACAGUUUUAAUAUAUGCUUGAUUAUCUGGAAAGGCAAAGUAAAUUCUAUCUUUCCAAAUAAGAAGGUUCUUUUUUCCAUAGUUAACUUGCACUUGUGAAUAAACUGCUGUUGUAUUGUCAAAUUUCUGCAAUUAAUUGAAUGAUAAUUGAGCUUCAGCAAUAUUCUCAGGAUGAUGUCUGUACUAUUUUCUGAUUGAGGCUUCAAUGAAAGCUUGAAAUAACCAAACUUGUGCCAGCAUGUCUUAAGUCUCUAAUCUUGCAAGUUUAAUAUCAGUGUAUUAUUCUCUACCGACAUAGGAACCAUAGCAGGUCAAUGGGCAUGGCUACAAUUAUCCUAUUACAUAGAGGGAAACCUUUUCCAAUACAUGAAUACUGAUACAGGUAAUAUAUUUAUGCAGCCCUUGAAUAUACUCUUUAUGAAUGAAACUGCACAUGUUCACCCUUUGACACAGUAUUGUAUCUCAGAUUUUUAUUUGCAAGAGAAUGAACAGUAUUAUCUUCAGAACCAAAUUUAGAAAGUUGGCAUGCUUUUAUUCAUGAUUUGCAUAAAAAAUGAACAGUGUUUGUCCAUGUACAGUUUUGUGACAGCUUCUAGAUAUUUCCUAAGUAAUUUUCCAUCAUAAAUUUUGUUAGAAAUGUUUCUGAUAUAAAAUUAAUUGUUCUAAUUAUAUUUUAACUGUUAAAUAAACAAUAAUAGCAAAGUUUCUGAGUAUUAGAUGAUGGACAAAGGAACUGAUGUAGAAGAGUUCUAAUCUUGAAUGCAUUAAAUUGGAGAUUUGUGAUAUGUAUUUCUUUUAUAGAUUAAUACUGCUGAAAAAUAUUUGAAACAAUCAACUGUAUAUAAAUGGUUAAAAAUGUGCUUGAAUCACUGGUUUAAAAAGUAUGAUAGGUAAAACUGAAUGUGGUCAAACUAAGAUGAAACAGAAUAUAUCUAUUUUGCAUUAUAUCUUACUUAACAGAUUCUGUUAAGUGAGUAACAGAUACAUAAUUUGCAUAAAUCCUUUAACUUUAACUUUUGGUUUUCCCCAGAAAAAAAACCCAUAAAAAACAUUUAGUAGAGAAAAAUAUUUUUGUCACUUCUUUUUUAUGUUUUACA